UUGUAAUAUUGACCAUGAUUAUUUCAUAAAUGUACUGUUGUAUGGACAGAGAAAUAAUGAAAAUGAUUAAAUGCAGAUUUUUUUUGUCUGUAAACUUGCCAGUAAGUCUGUUAUAAGUGAAGCACAUAUUAGGCCAUAUCUUUAUGUGGUAUAACUCAGUAAAGUCAAUUGACUUGCAAAUUACUAGGUUGAGUUACACCAGCUAAUGAUGUAGUCCAAUAUGUUCCACAUGUAACUAAUUAUUUCAAUACUUACUAAACUGAAUAAAACUAUUGAUAGGUUAUUCUCCUUAAAGGUGUUACAUGGAUUGUCUGGUUUCAGUGGACACAUCUACACAUGACACUGUCACUGUAGUGACGUGCUACAGCAACAUAGAUUGUUGCUAUGGCAACAUAGCAUCAGCAGGCACAAACCGUGAUGCCAACACUACAUCACCAUAGCAAUGAGGUACCUCACUAUAGUGUGUGACUACAGUGACGCAUCUGCUCAAAAUAACCAUGCGUCACUGGGACAGCGCAGUAACUGCUGUUACUGCACUGUCAUUUAGUACUUCCUAAAGCAAAUACCAAAUGAUGGCCCACUAACAACUGCCUCAUGGGGGCCAUGUAGAUGCAUCCAGGGUGAACUAGCUUAUUCAUAACCUGCAAGACUUUUUAAGAGGCUCGUUACAGGAAGGAGCAAACACUGCUUAAGCAGCUGCCCUGCAUUCCAUUGGUAGAAAAUCUGCUGAAGGAUGGUACAGAUGGUUGUGCUUUAGCAGCCCUGAUCCAUUUCUACUGCCCUGAUAUUGUCAAACUGGAGGAUAUUUGUUUAAAAGAGACUCUGUCAUUGGCUGAUAGCCUAUACAAUCUACAGCUAAUUCAAGAAUUUUGUCAGGAGUACCUUAACCAGUGCUGCCACUUCACUCUCGAGGAUAUGUUAUAUGCUGCUUCUUCAGUAAAGAGUAAUUACUUGGUGUUUAUGGCAGAGCUAUUCUGGUGGUUUGAAGUGGUGAAGCCAUCAUUUGUACAGCCCCGUGCUGUUGUACAUCCCCAAGCUGAAUCAGUGAAAGAUGCAUCCACUUCUAGAUUUAUUGCCAACAGAAGAAACUACAUGGGUGGCUCAUGUGAUUCUGACUUUAUAGCCAGUGUGGAGGGUCAAACUUUUACACCGUCUCAUCAACUUAUGGCUUCUAGACAUACACACCAACAGCCUUAUUCAACUGCUCCAGGAGUUAUUAGAAGGUCCACAUCUAUGUCAUAUAUGGAUGGGUAUGUAGGAACUUGGCCCAAAGAGAAAAGAUCAUCAGUGCAUGGAGUUUCCUUUGACAUUUCUUUUGAUAAAGAAAAUAGCAUUCAGAUAUCUACUCCAAAUAGAGGAAUUACUAGAUCUGUUAGUAAUGAAGGUCUUGCACAAAAUAACACCCGCGUGCCCAAACACAUUAGGAAAAAUCUGUCCUUUAAGCCAGUAAAUGGUGAAGAGGAAACUCAAGAUAUUGAAGAGGAAAAGGACAUAGUAUCUCCUACCGACCCAGAAGUCAGUGCAUCUCUAAAUACAAAUCAAAGAAAUGCCAAUGAAAACAACCAGUACAGACUUCCAAAUGGAGCUUUGCAAAACAGGGCAAUUUUGGAUGAUUUUGGCAAUCAGAUUGAGACCCCGAGCAUUGAAGAAGCUUUGCACAUAAUACAUGACACUGAAAAAUCUCCUGGUGUUAUCCAGCCAGACCAAAUAACAAAUGGGUUCUUUCUUCAUAACCAGGAAAUGAGCAUUUUUAACUCAAACAUUAAACUAAAUCAGCCUAGUCCUGAUAUCAUCAUAGACACAAAAGGUGCUCUGAGUCCAGUGACUGACAAUACUGAAGUGGACACUGGAAUACAUGUUCCGUCAGAAGAUAUUCCUGAAACUAUGGAUGAGGAUUCUUCUUUGAGGGAUUACACGGUGAGCAUGGACUCUGACAUGGAAGAACCAUCUAAAUUUCUUCAAGAUUAUGAUGUACGAGCUAGUAACCAGAGAGAGCAAUUAAGUCCCUGUCCAAGCUCAAUAAGUACCAAAUCACAAGCAGGCAGCAGUGCUUCUUCAAGCUCAGGAGUGAAAAUGACCAGCUUUGCAGAGCAGAAAUUUAGGAAACUGAAUCAUACGGAUAGCAGAAGCAGUGGAAGCAGUUCGCAGAAAACUACCCCAGAAGGUUCUGAGCUGAAUAUUCCUCAUGUAGUUGCUUGGGCUCACAUACCCGAGGAAACGCCCAUUCCUCAAGCAAGAGACACUACGCAGUUGUUGGCCUCUGAAAUGGUCCAUCUUAGGAUGAAACUGGAGGAAAAAAGGCGAGCCAUUGAAGCUCAGAAAAAGAAAGUUGAAGCUGCCUUCACUAAGCAGAGGCAGAAAAUGGGAAGAACAGCAUUUCUGAACGUGGUGAAAAAGAAAGGGGAUGGAAUAUCACCUCUUCGAGAAGAAGCCGUCGGAGCUGAAGAUGAGAAAUCCUUCACUGAAAGUAGUAGACUGAAAGAAAAAGAAGCUCAAAAACCAGGUGAACGAACUAGUAAAACUAUGGAGGUAAUAAAGGAAAGCACUGAAAAUUCUCAGUCCAAGACCCCUGCCACACCCGUGGAUUCUGAAAAGCAAUGGAAUUUGGCAAGUCCCUCAGAAGAAACUCUAAAUGAAGGAGACAUUUUAGAAUAUACAAAAUCUAUUGAAAAAUUAAAUUCUUCUCUACACUUCCUACAACAGGAAAUGCAGCGCCUCUCCCUUCAACAAGAGAUGUUGAUGCAAAUGCGGGAGCAGCAAGCCUGGGUUAUUUCACCUCCUCAGCCUUCUCCUCAGAAGCAAAUUCGAGAGCUUAAAUCUUCAUUGAGGCAAACAGGAUCAUCAUCUCCCACUGCAUCAUUUUCCAUGGAAUCUCCUCGCCCUACUCAUCAAUCCCCGCAGUCUUCUAACAGAAAAAAUGCCUCUUUUCCCAUUAAGAUGCAAAGGACUCCUAGGCCAAAUGAACUGAAAAUAACACCUUUAAAUCGCACCUUGACUGCUCCACGGUCUGUGGACAGUCUUCCUCGUUUAAGAAGAUUUUCUCCAAGUCAGGUUCCCAUUCAGACUAGAUCAUUUGUUUGCUUUGGGGAUGAUGGGGAGCGUGUAGCCGAACCUCAGUUAAAGGGAAACCUUUUGAAAGAAGUCAAAUCGAAAGAGGAAGUAGCAAAAGAAGAACAACAAAAACAAAAAGGGGCUUUGGAGGUGCGUGAACAAAAAUCAGAAGAGAAGGAGCUCAAGCCUGUUGAAUCUAAGGUUUCUGAAGUGUUAUCUCAGCCAAUCACAGAAACUGUCUGCCUCACACCAAAUGAAGAUCAGCUGAGCCAACCAGUUUUGCCAACUCUCACUCCUAAAACAGCUAAUUUAAUUGAAGUUUCCCUCUCGGAUUUAAAACCACCUGAAAAGGCUGAAGUCUCUGAGAAAUAUGAAGGUGAAAGUGACAGAGAACAAUUCGAGGAUGACCAAAAAGUGUGUUGUGGAUUCUUUUUUAAGGAUGAUCAAAAGGCAGAAAAUGAUAUGGCAGUGAAACGGGCAGCAUUGCUGGAAAAGCGGUUGAGAAGAGAAAGAGAGACUCUACUACGAAAGCAGCAGCUGGAAGCAGAGCUAGAGCAUAAGAAGGAAGAAACAAGGCGCAAGACAGAGGAAGAACGUCAGAAGAAAGAAGAUGACAGGGCACGCAGAGAAUUCAUUAAGCAAGAAUAUAUGCGACGGAAACAGUUGAAGCUUAUGGAGGAGAUGGAUACUGUAAUAAAACCACGCCCACAUUCAUCUAAACAAAAAAAGCCACGUCCAAAAUCAAUUCAUAGAGAUCAUAUUGAGUCACCCAAAACUCCAGUCAAAGGUCCACCAGGUUCACAACUUUAUCGUGUUUUUUCAGUAUCUAGUCUUUCUUUGGCAUCCCUGAAUACAGGAGACAAUGAAAGUGUGCAAUCGGGCAAGAGAACACCAAGGUCUGAGUCUGUAGAAGGAUUCUUAUCUCCAAGUCGCUGUGGUAGUCGCAAUGGGGAAAAAGACUGGGAAAAUGCAUCUACAACUUCUUCAGUGGCUUCUGCUACAGAAUACACGGGACCAAAGCUGUACAAGGAACCUAGUGCAAAAUCCAACAAACAUAUAAUUCAGAAUGCUUUGGCUCAUUGUUGCCUGGCUGGAAAAGUAAAUGAAGGUCAGAAGAAGAAAAUAUUGGAGGAAAUGGAGAAGUCUGAUGCCAAUAACUUCUUAAUCCUGUUCCGGGAUUCAGGCUGCCAAUUCAGAUCUUUGUAUACGUACUGCCCUGACACUGAAGAAAUCAAUAAACUGACUGGGAUAGGCCCCAAAUCUAUCACAAAAAAAAUGAUAGAGGGACUAUAUAAAUACAACUCGGACAGGAAGCAGUUUAGCCACAUACCAGCUAAAACUUUGUCUGCCAGUGUUGACGCAAUUACCAUUCACAGCCAUUUGUGGCAAACCAAGAGACCUGUAACUCCUAAAAAACUCUUAUCUACCAAGGCAUAGUAGAUGGGGAAAAUAUUUGCUUCAGACAGUUGUGAUACACUUGCACUUCAUCUUUACUGCCUAUAGAAAAUAGAUUUCUAGUUGCCAACGAGACUUUUAGAACUUAAAACUGGACACCAAGCUCUAUUAUCAUGCACAACUGGAAUGUAAACACAGUGUUUAGGAAUACAGAAGAUUAUCACUUGGUGAUGCUUUCAAGUGGUCAUGGAAAUAUUUGAUUCAUGUAUGGAGAUUUGUAUGUGCUAAUAUGGUGUAGAGGGUAUAGUUGCUCUAUUUUGAUUAGAUACACUGAAGCACUGAAUGUUGUUCAUCUGUAGUGACAAAUUACAUUUUACAUUUGUUGCCUUUUACUUUGUUUUGUGCUUGUCUUGAAACUUUCUCCUUUUUUUGGCAAUUUUCUCCUCUAAGGAAACACCUUUUUUAAACAUUUUUCAAUGCCAUUUACUUUUACUCAGUGAAUCUUACCCUGAAGGCUAACAGAUAAGUAGUUUAUCAGGAGGCAUAAUAGGUACUCCUCUAGAACCCUCUUUCUAUAUUGUUGUAUCUACAUUACUGGAAGAUUUGUUCCCCCCUGAGUAUUUACAAUUAAUUUCAACCAAGUAAAUACUGGUUUGCUUAACUGUUUUCAACUAAACAAUAGGGGAAAACCUUUGAGCUGCUUAAAGGGAGGUUUCCUUCAGAUUACAUUAUCUUUUUAGCAAGUAAAAUAUUCAAAAGACUCGCACAAUUCACUGACGAAGUCUGCGUUGACCACCUCAACUCCUACCUAACUGAGGGCACAGGUAGGGUGGAACAAGUUGUUACAAGGUAGCCAACGGUAAGGAUUCACAGUGCAUCAGGUUCACCAUGGUAACUAGCUGUGGUCACAUUCCUAUCUUCACUUAUUGAAAGCUUACCUGCAGAAGCUUAACACCUUUUCUUGAGGGUCCAUUCAGGUUUUAAGGGGUAAAAUACCAUGGAUUAGCUCUAAUUUACUACAUGGUAAGAACAUAUGCAUAGUUGGUCACUGUGAAGUAGCUGAUGCACCAAAUCCUUUCCCUCUAACAGGCAGGAAUUACUCUGUGUAUCCAUGCUAUCAGACUUAAAUAAUAUUUCCUUUAGAUAAAUGUGUUUUCAGUAUGUCUGCCUUUAAAAAAAAAAAAAAAAAAAGUAACAUUCUUGACAUACACUUAUUAAUGACAAUUUCAUAUUAUCAAUUUUUAAAUAAUAAACAUGACAAAAAUCUAAACAUUUCAAUAUGUUUAUAACAAAUAUAACCAUUUAUGAAAUUAACUAUUGGAGCAUACAUCAGUAUUAUUUACAAAGGGCUGCAUUUUUAUUUCAAAACAGUGUGUGAUCACUUUAUUAACGCUAUUAUUAUUUAGCAUUUUUCUUUUUUUAUAAUCACUUUAAUCAUAGCAUUAUUCUGAAGAAAACUACAAACUUGAAACCUCCCCCAAAUCUGUGGGUUUUUUGGCAAUGUAUACCAGAGGAUUAGUUGGGGGGAAAAAACUCAUUCUCAGGAAAAGACUUGAAUGAUUUGUGAUCCUGUUCUGUUUCAGUGUUGUGAUGACUGUAAAUUUAAAGACAGUAUUGUACUAGAACUAUGUGGUCCAUUCAGUUUCAUUAGGAGUAGAGACUAAAAUUAUGUACAUUUCUCUCAGUCUUCUUAGAGAGAAAUCUAGCCUCAUUACAAUGUUGUACUCAUUUACUUAUAUAAAAGAUGCACAGGAAUGAGAUAUCCUUAAACAAUUUAGAACAGUACUUUUUUAAUUAUUAUAAGGCCUUAGGCAUCAAUGCAUCUGGGUUGUUUAUGAACAUUUUCUCAGAAAUGCUGUCAAUAUUUUACUGUAAUUUAUGUUCUUAUAUUUAUGUAUAUUUGUUAAAAAUGUAAAAAAAACAAGAAAAAAACUUUAAAGUACAUGUUUAUGAUGUAUGUGACUCAAAACUAUUUGUGGUUAGCUAAUUCUUACUGUUUGCAUGUAUAUGACCAGGAUAUGUAACUCUUAUACUUCAAGUGUAUACAUAUUGUGUAUAUAUUAUAUAAAUAAAAAUUAAAAGUAGGGGGGAAGAAGGUUUGCACAUUCUGCCUGUUAGACAGCUCCUGCAACUACUUUACUGUAGGAAAAGCUUUUGAGUAACCAUGCAAACUUGCAAAUAGCAAAAAUUUGUUUAGGAAAAGUCCAUGAUGGGGAUGGAACUGACAGAUAUAUGCCUAUGUUGAAUAAGCUCGAGAAGAGUUUUAUCAUAGGAGACUUUUUCUUUCUAAAACUAAACCUAUGAUUUACUACAGACUUGCAACAUUCAUCGAUGCAUACACGUCCUUCUAAACAAAGUGAGUUUAAAUACAUGACAGGAAUUCUUUGAAUCUUUUUAAAUAUGACUGAAUGUAUUAUGGAGUUUAUAUUUGUCUACAGGUCUGAAAAGAUUUGUGUAAUGUCUAAAAGUAGAAUGUGAAUAAUGCAGUUGAAAAGUUCAUUGCUUGCAGCAAAGCAUUUUACUUAAUACAGGCAGUCCUUGGACUUAUGACAUAAUUGGUUCCUGGAAACUGUGUCUUAAGUCAAAACGUUGUAACUCGGAAUCGUUUUUCCCAUAGAAAACAAUGUUAUAAAUGGGGAUUGGUU